AUGGACACCAUGACAAGGGUAAUGGCAUUGGAAUUGGGGCCAUAUAAAAUCAGAGUGAAUUCAAUGGCGGCGGGACUUUUUCGAUCUGAGAUCACAGCGGUUCUAAAGCAAAAAGAAUGGCUAAAAAAUGUGGCUUCGAGAACUAUUCCCUUAAAAACAUCUGGCACAUCAGACCCAGCGUUGACAACACUUGUUCGAUACUUGAUCCAUGACUCUUCGAAUUAUGUCUCUGGAAAUAUCUUCAUCGUUGAUGCUGGGGCCACUCUUGUUACUGUCCCAAUUUUCUCUUCACUUUGA